AUGGUGAUGUGUGUGCUGCUGGCGUCCCCCCGGCAGCGCAAGACAGAGGCAUUCCUCUCCAGCCUGCUCAGCUCCGUCAAGGCACUCUCCAAGCAGAUGGAGGAGCAGGGAGGAACAGGAGGAGCAUCGGGCAGUGCAGCGAGCUUGAUGGGGGUGAGAGAGGCGGCCGCGGCUGCCAGGAAGCAGCAGCUCAUCCUCAAGACGCUGCAGGAGUCAAUGGAGGACCUCAAGUCAAGGCAGUCAACGGACUACUCCCCCCAGUUCGCCCGCAUUCUAGCAGUGCUCAAGGCGCUGGUGGCGCACAUCAAGGCCGCCACGGCCAACGGAGGGCUGGGACUGGGCCUGGGCGAGCAGCUGCCUCAGUUGCCGUCGCUUGACAUGGAUCUGCAGCCGCAGGCACAGGUAACAGCGCAGCAGGCGCAGCAGAUGGAGCGGCUGCUGCAGCAGGUGCUGGCGGAGGUGCGCAACGGCACGCACCUGACGCUGCUGCUUAGGGCUCAACUCACAACUCAUCCCCCUUCCCCGUACUCUCUCUUUCCCCUCUUCCCCCCCAUCUUUCCCUUGUUCCCCGUACUCUUUCUUUCCCCCUUCCUCCCCUUCUUUCCCCCUUCACCCCCUUCUUUUCCCCAACCACAGCUGCAGCCGCAGUCACAAAUAUCAGCGCAGCAGGCGCAGCAGAUGGAGCGGCUGCUGCAGCAGGUGCUGGCGGAGGUGCGCAACGGGACGCACCUCACUUUGCUCCUCCGCGCCGUCUCCACGCAGACCACCAUCCUCUCGCGCCUUGCCAAGCGCUUCUCCUCCCUCCAAUCCGCCGCCUUCCAAGCCUCCACCGCUGCCGCCGCCGCUGCUACACCCGCGCCCGCCGCCCCUGACUCUGCUGCCGGCGCUGGCGGUGCGGCGUUCAAGUCCCUGCAGGGGCUGGUGGCGAUGGUGCUGCAGAACUCACAGAAGCACAUGGCGGCGCUGAGGGAUGUGAAGCGCAUGCUCACGGGGGAGGAGGCGGGUGGCAAGGGGGAGUCGUUCUCCCUGCCGGCACGCACGUUGUCCGUGGUGCAGGAGAGCGCACGCGCGCUGCAGCAGAUGCCUGCGCUGCUCAUGCAGCUGGACCGCCGGCUCCAGGGCGUGGCACGGCACGAGCGGCUGAAGCAGCUGAUGGCGCAGGAGGCUGCUGCACGUGCCGCCAAGCAGAAGGAGGCAGAGGCUGCAGCCGCAGGGAAGGCGGCGGCUGCGGCAGCAGGGGGUAUGCAAAGAGAGGGAGCAGGCGGGCAGAAGGAGGAGGGGAGCCAAGAGAAGCGCGCGGUGGAAGGGGCAGGGCAGCAGCAGCAGCAGCAGCCGCAGGGAGGGAUGGGAGGCGAGCAGGCUGGAGGGAGUGCAGAGGAGAAUAUCAGUGGGCGUUCUGCCUCUGGAGAGGUGGAGAGAGGGAGAGAGGGGCAGGCGGGAGGUGGGGAUGCUGGAGGGGCGGAGCAAGAGGGAGGAGAGGUGAGGAGGGACGGUGGGGGAGAGAGCGGGGAUGGGGAAGGUGGCGGGGAUGGCGAGGGGGGGAGAGCACAGGGAGCGACUGGGGAAGGAGAUGGAGGAGGGGAGGGGGGAAAGGCAGGAGCAGGUGGAGGAGAGGGGGGAGCAGGGGAAGCAGAGGGUGGAGGGGAAGGAGGGGGCGCAGAGGGAGAAGAAGGGGCAGGGGGAGGAGGGGGAACAGGGGGGGUGGUGCCGAUCGAGUGGGCGAAGCCUGAGGAGAUGGACAGCGAGCGGGCCGACCUGGUGUCGCUGCUCAAGGCCCGAAGGGACGAGGCGGGCGAGCGCGGCAGCGAGGACAGCGGCGUGAAGAGUGGCAGCGGUGGUGAGGCGGUGAAGCCCCGGCGGAAGUGGAAGAAGCACAAGGGUGGGGAGGGGCGCGGUGCGGUGGGAGGCGGUGGGAAGGAGAGAGAGGAGGAGGAGGAUGAGGAGGAGGAGGAAGAGGAGGAGGGGGAGGGGGAAGGGGAGGAGGGAGAGGAGGAGGGAGGAGAGGGGGAGGAAGAGGGAGGGGAGGACGAGGAGAAGGGUGGAGGGAAGGGGAAAGGAGAAGGUGGGGUGAAGAGUGGGGUCGGGCGCAAGGAGAGGGUGUCUGGGGGGGAAGGUGGGGAGGCAGGGAGGGGGAGGAGAGGAGGAGGAAAAACGCGCAUUCCGAUGGAGCAGGCGGAGGAGCAGCAGAGCAUGGGGGCGGGGGCGCGCACAGGGCUGCGACUGAAGAGCAUGGGCAUCGAGGAGCUGCUGAGCCUGGAGGACGAGGAGGAUGAUGAGGAGGCGGGCGCAGGGGGAGGGGGAGGGCAAGGUGGGGGAGUGGGAGAGGGGAAGGAAGUGGGUGUGGAUAGGGAGGGUGGUGUUGAGGUGGCUGGGGAGGGGGGAAGGAGCAGUGGUUGGGGGGGAGGGCGAGGAGGGCAGCAAGGGCAGGGGAUAAGGAUGGGAGUGGGGGGAGGCGGAGGGGGAGUGGGAGCAGCAGCGAGGGUGGGCAAGGCGGUGUUGGAUGAUGUGGAGGGGGAGGAGGCGUGGAGGGAGGCGCUGCCCACGCAGGGGUACAUUCCCCAAGGGCCGUUUGCCAGCGCGUCGGAGUGGAGGCAGCGAGUCCUGGCAGGCAACUCGCUCUUCACACGCUUCAGUGGCUACCGCAUGGGCCCGCGCAGGCUGGUGGGCGUGGGGGUGGUGCCGCGCACCAUGAGGGGCCGCCUUGCUGCCACCCACUGCAGAUGGUUCGGGCCAGCGCUGCUGGCGCUGGACUGUGCGGUGAACGUGACGUACUCACUGGGGCAGCAGGGGUCCGCCUCGCAGCACACAGAGGCCGUUAUCGAGGCCGCCUUUAGCGAGGACGUGCCCAACACAGGGGGCUUCCUGGCUGUGCGCAUUGAAGGGACCGACUUUGUGCUCUACAGGGAAGCCCCUCUCACCUUCCCCACCACGGCCCCAGGCCUCCCCUUCCCCUUCCACUCGGUACUGUGUCUCCUCCCAUCGGCGCGCAACGCAUCGGUGCCGGUGCAUCUGCUGCGCGAGGCGGUGGAGUACCACCGGCUGCUGGGCGCGGCGGUGGUGGUGCUGUACGACAGCGGGGGGUGGCUCGCCGUGGAGCUGCAGGAGCGAUUCCACGAUGACUUUGAGCGCCGGGUCGUACGGCGCACGGACUUCACUGGCGCCAAGCAGUUUGACCUCGAGAGGAACGGGCAGGUGCUAGCAAUGCACGACUGUGUGCACCGCCACGCCUUCACGGCCCGCUGGGUCAUCCCAGCCGCCAUCAACGAGUUCCUCUUUGUCGGCCUCCCCCCCGCCUCCAUCGCCUCCUUCCUCGACCCCUUCGCCUACCCCGCCACCUCCUCCUCCGAAACCGCCCUCUCAGACCCUCUCAUCGACUCCGCCGCCACCGCCGCCGCCGCUGCGGUAACCGCAUCCGGAGGCUCGGCAGCGGCAGCUGCCGAGGCUGCGGCGUACGUGCGGGCGGUGCCGUGGGUGAGCGUGGGGAGCCAGUGGUGGGCGACGCGGCUGUGCUCGCUGCCGUUCCGCGUGGCUGAGGGCGAGGCGUUCUCUAUGGAGCGCAUGGUGUUCCGUUGGCCCUACCCCGUCUGCCACGACCGCAUUCGCUUCCCCGACCCCCACCUCUGCCCCGGAGAGGCUGGCUUCCGCCGCCUCAUCAUGGAUCCACGCAAGAUUUCAGCGCUGGGGCUGCAUGAGGCGGAGUCAGCAUCGCGGGUGAGGGGGGUGCACGUGCGGAGCACGGUGGCCAACUUCAACCACCUGCAGGACGCUGUCAUGGACCCCACUGCGUGGUGCCAGCACACGCUGCUCAAGAGCGAGGUGCCGGAGUUUUAUGUGCGCGACGUGUACCUGCGGGAGGCAGCCCAGUCGUUGCGGGCGGGGCGUGUCUGCGACUUCACCAGAGGCCGCUGCGUGCCUGGCCCCGACUAA